CGGCGGGUGUCGGAGCAGCCGGGGGCCAGCAGCCCUGCCGCCACGGCCACUGCAUGCCCGCAACCCCCCGAAACCACCGCUGCCCGGCACCUCCGGUCAGGAUGGCCCCUCGGAUCUAGCCAGGGAGGCCAGAGCAGUGCCAGAGGUCCCUGUCCAAGUGAUGGUGAGACCGGGAUAGAGGAGCUGCCGUGAGGAUGUCUGAAGCCAAGACCCUGAGCUCCUCUUGCCUCGUGCUUUCCUUGCUCUCCUUGCACUGGGCUUCGCUCCAGCUGGGCCAGGCUUUUCCCAGCACCUCCGACUACCUCCAGCGGGGCUGGCAGCGGCUGCUGGAGGAAGGAGAGGGCUGCGCCGAGUGCCGGCCGGAGGAGUGCCCGGUGCCACGCGGGUGCCUGGCUGGCACGGUGCGGGAUGCCUGCGACUGCUGCUGGGAGUGUGCUAACCUGGAGGGGCAGAUCUGCGACCUGGACAACACCAACCACUUCUACGGCAAGUGCGGGGAACACCUGGAGUGCCGGCUGGAUGCCGGGGACCUGCAGCACGGAGAGGUGCCCGAGCCGCAGUGCGCCUGCCUCUCCCACCUGGCCCUCUGCGGCUCCGAUGGCAAAACCUAUGCCCAGAUCUGCAGGUUCCUGGAAGUCGCCCAUGCCCACCCCGAUGCCAACCUCACCGUGGCCCACGAGGGUCCCUGCGAGUCAGAGCCCCAGAUCACCUCUCCUCCCUACGACACGUGGAACAUCACUGGGCAGGACGUCAUCUUCGGCUGCGAGGUCUUCGCCUACCCCAUGGCAUCCAUCGAGUGGAGGAAGGAUGGCAUGGAGAUGCUGCUGCCUGGAGAUGACCCCCACAUCUCUGUCCAGUUCAGAGGCGGUCCCCAGAAAUACGAAGUGACAGGCUGGCUCCAGAUCCAGGGUGUGCGAGUGACGGAUGAAGGCACCUACCGCUGCUUCGCCAGAAACAGGGUUGGGGAGGUGGUGGCAUUAGCCAGCCUGACCGUCUUCACGCCAGAUCAGCUCAACCUGACAGGCUUUUCCCUGCCGAAGCCUCACACGACGCCUGAGGACUACGGGGAGAGCGAGGAGGACUAUUACUAGCCCGGAGACGGGAUGUCCAGAUGCAGACAUCACCUUGCCCAUGGUGGCUGUUCCUGGGGUUCAGGGACAUCUCCAGAGCAAGCACCCCCAGCCCAAAACUCCUUCUCUGAACAGUCCUGGCACAGCAGCCUCUCUUUUUGGGGUGGGGGACAGGGUGACACAUCCCUUUGCUGAGGGUGCUUGGGGAGGGGACACUGGCUGGUUGAUGGCGCAGGGCUGGGACUGGGGGUGGCGUGGGUCUGUCCUCCAGGCACUGAGCAGGAAUGUGGCAGCAGGUGGGACACUGCAGGGAGACCCAUGCUGUGUGUGACAAGGACUUGGUGCUGGGGGUAGAGGCAGCCCUCCCCGGGAGAGGGACACCAGGGCAGGAACAUCUCUGCCUUGUGCGAAGCAUUUUGGGGAAGCCAGAGCGGUGGGCUGGGACCUAGCCGUGACACCCAGUGUGUCACCCCUGGGGCUGAUCUGUGUUACCCAAGCACAGGGACAGUCAGGCUUCUCCCCAGGACCUGGGGAACCUGCUGCCAAAAACAUCCUUCUUCCCAUUUAGUUUUUAACCAGAAAAGUAGUGAUUUGAGGAAACCAGACACUUGUGGUUUUGAGUGCUGCCCUUUUCCCCAGCCCAGCCACUCAUGUGGUCAGAAACACUUCGGCCUUUUUGACUGACUUUGUGCUUUCCUUUCCACGCAACUCUUUACUUUGACAUUUCAGUUGAUGUUACUUAAAAUAUACACAUUGGUCAAAGCCAACA